AUGGAUGUUGAGUUUAACGCCAUUGAGGUGCCUGCAGAGGCGAAUCCUCUGACUGAGGGCAUUCUCUUCCAUGUCUUGCGCUCUGCAUCUUCGACGGAUCCGAAUCAGAUACAGACGGGCACGAAGCAGCUGCAGGAGUGGGAGAAGGCGCGAGGAUACUAUCCGUUGCUACAGGCUGUAUUUCUAGACAAAUCCCUCCCGUACGAAGUUCGGUACCUCGCCAUCAUCCAGCUCAAGAACGGCAUCGACAAGUACUGGCGUAAAACAGCUCAGAAUGCUGUCAGCAAAGAAGACAAGAAUAUAAUCCGCGCUCACUUGCUCGAAAGUGCAGUCAAUGAGGCGGAUAGUCGGCUUGCAUUGCAGAACGCUCUUAUGGUCGCUAAGAUCGUCCGCUUCGAGUAUCCCAACGACUGGCCAAACAUUUUCCAGCAACUUAUUGAAAUCCUCCGCGCUUCUUCCGAGCCGAACACCUUCCGCCUCCAGUUGCCUCGUGCACUCCUCCUACUACUAUACAUCGUCAAAGAACUGUCUACGGGACGACUGCUUAGGACAAGGCAAAACCUCCAGAAUGUUGCGCCUGAGAUAUUGAACGUGCUGGGGAACACAUACGUGAACAAGGUGCACAGCUGGCAAAAGUUCUUCCGCGAGGGAGGAGAUGACGAAGGAGGCGCCCUCGAGGACAUCGAGAACAGUUUAAUUGCUAUUAAGAUCAUUCGCCGGCUAGUCGUCAGUAGUUAUGACUUCCCAGGGCGAGAGAAAGACGUACAAGAGCUCUGGACGCUUUCGCGCAACUUCUUUGGCGAUUUCAUAACGUACGUUCAGGAGGACAGCACCCUUGCGCCGCCAGUUCGCAAGCUUGUGGAGAAGCAUCUGAUGCAACUCUCCAAAUUCCAUUACUUCAUGGCCACUACGCACCCAGCAGACUUCGUCCAUAUGCCCGAUUCAAUAGGUUUGGUUCGCGCGUACUGGGGUCUGGUCUCUCGUCUGGGCGAGACCUGGGGUUCCAAGUCAGUACAAGAUGCCAAGAUUGGCACUGACGGGGACGAAGAAGACGACGCGCCCAUCCUUGAGCGCCUUGGCUUGAAGGGGUUGCUCAUUGUCCGCGCUUGUGUGAAGAUGGUCUUCUACCCAGUUCAAACUUUUCGUUACCGUCAACAACAGGAGAAAGACGAGCGUACCAAAGCUGUACAGAUGGUCAAGCAAGAGCUUCUGACCGAUGAUCUCGUCCGUGAGAUGGUCUCUGCGCUUGUUACGAAGUUCUUCGUGUUCAGGCCGAGUGACCUCCGCAUGUGGGAAGAAGAGCCUGACGAAUGGGAAAAAAUGGAAGAAGGCGGCGAAGACUGGGAGUUUGCCAUCCGUCCUUGCGCAGAGAAACUGUUCCUAGACCUUGCGAAGAAUUUUAAAGAUUUGAUCAUCCAGCCUCUUCUCCAAGUCUUCCGUACAGUUGCGACACCUGACAACGAGGACGUCUUGUUCAAAGACUCAGUAUACACUGCCAUUGGUCUAGCGGCCGAUGUACUCCACGAUCACGUAGAUUUCGACUCCUUCAUCACAGAUACCUUGGUACAAGAAGCCCAGAAACAGAAACCGGGUUACAACAUCAUCCGACGCCGCAUUGCUAUCAUUCUUUCUCGGUGGAUUGCUAUUAAGAUCGCAAUGGAUCAAAAGCCCAUCGUAUAUCAGAUAUUUGAACAUCUGAUGAAUAAGGAUGACCCGCUCAACGACCUAGUCGUUCGAGUUACCGCUGGCAGGAAGUUUCAUCAAAUCGCGGACGAGUGGGAGUUCAAAGCCGAAAACUUUGUGCCAUACGCGCCGGGUAUCUUGGAUAGACUAAUGGCAUUGGUGCAAGAGGUCGAGCUGCAAGAGACGAAGAUGGCGCUGUUGAACACGAUUAGCAUCAUUGUGGAGAGGCUAGAACAUAACAUCACGCCGUAUGCAAACAGCAUCAUCAGCCUUCUUCCUCCACUGUGGGAGCAAUCAGGCGACGAGCAUCUCAUGAAACAAGCCAUUCUCACAAUUCUCGCUCGCCUAACGAAUGCGAUGAAAGCCGACUCUCGCUCUUUCCACGUCUCCUUUCUCCCUAUCAUACAAAGCGCCAUCGAACCCAACUCUGAUACGCAAGUCUACCUCCUCGAAGACGCGCUCGAUCUCUGGUCGUCCAUUAUCGCACAAACGCCUUCUGCUCCUGAACUCACGCCCCCUGAGCUCCUAAAUCUCCUCCAAUAUCUAAUCCCACUGUUCGCAAUGGACAACGACACGCUUCGCAAAGCGAUCGAGAUCACAGAAGCGUACCUCCUCCUCGCCCCUGCUGCUGUCCUAGCAGACAACUUCCGUCCCGAAUUGAUCCGCUGCCUGUCUGAGCUCUUGGGUAACCUGAAGCCGGAAGCCAGCGGUGCCGUCUCGCAUCUCAUGAUGUGCAUUAUCCGCGGUGCAGACGGUAUUGGCGGCGAAGAAGCCACCAACGUGCUCGUUAGCGACCUUAUCUCCUCGAACUUCCUCGCCAAAAUGAUGGAGGGUCUCCACGGCGCCUGGACGCACCACCAGUCCCACGGUCCACUGCGCGAAAUGCCGUCUCGUGCCGUUGACGGCGUCGUAGAGACGGAUUACUUCUCUGUUCUCGCUAGAAUUGGGCUAGCAUCUCCUGCGACUCUACUCGAGGCAAUUUCCUCAAUCGGAGGCGCCGAGCUGGAGAAGACGUUGAACUGGCUACUGGAAGAGUGGUUCGGACAUAUCGAGAACAUUGGAGACCCACCGAAUAAGAAACUCAUGACCCUUGUUCUCACGCGUCUUCUGGAGACCGAUCAGCCCUGGAUUCUCGGUCGGUUGCAAAGUCUUGUGGCUAUGUGGACGGAUGUCUUGGGCGAAUUGCUGGAUGGUAUGGAUGACAAGACCGCGGAUUCGCUCUACUGGCCGGACGAGCCCGAGCCCUUCCACCCCAUCGAGCCCGAAGCCCCAGAGGAUGUCCGUAAACGCAUCUUACUCUACUCGGAUCCCGUCCAUCGUAUCAAUCUUGUCGUCUUUGUGCGCGAGCACCUGCAGGCUUCCAUUCAAUCGUCGGGUGGUGAAACGCGGUUCCAGGAAGAGUGGUUGAGCCGUGUGGAUAAGGAUGUGUUGAAAGGAUUUGGCGAUUUGGGAAUCAUGUAG